CGAACGUACACAGUCUCUACAGGGAGGAACCAGCAGUGUGGUCGCUCAGAGCGUUAUAACAGCGCGUUUAUAAAGCUAUAAGUUAUGUUCUGAUCUUCCACAGCUGGUUCUAUACGGUCUUCAGUAAACGCAUAGCCGUCUUCUGUCGGCAUGAACCUCGGAGACGGGCUGCUGUUCGAACUAGAAAACGGGAAACCCAAGCUGAUUUUGCUCAGUCAUGGUGCUGAUAAAAAUCCAGCAAAGCUGUCCUUCAGGCCCAGAGCAGCGAGCAUCCUCAGCUGCCGGCAGACGUCCUGCGUGGCCGACGUGCACGGGGAGGAGCGUCUCCCCCGGCAGCUGGCGGGGAGGCACAGAGAGGCCAGGGGUAAGGCGGGCGGAGCAGCUGCCUCCGUCACCUCCGGUGCGGACGGGAAUGGCGCCACCUUGACUACAACGAAGACACGCGAUCACCACAAAGGGGGCACCACCAAAGCAGUGGCCAAGGCGAAAUCAGACCGACACAAACACAGUGUUACUCUCGGACCCCCGAGAGCCGGCGAGAAAACGGCACAAGCGGGGAACACGAGGACUCGAGGCAGUGGAAAACUGGGAUUUAAAGACACGGCAGCCGGUGGGGACGCAGGACCGAAGGACAGCGUGGUGUGUCUGACCAGUGAGCAGCUGCAGCACAUCCUCAGCACCGUUCAGAUCAGCAGCGUGCAGCGCCCACCAGAGGACCGCAGGACUCAAGGCAGUGAUGGAAAUCAGACAAGCUCAAAAUCCGGCUGCUCAGAGAAUGAAGGAGGAGGAGGAGGAGGAGAUAUGAAGGAGAAGGACAGAGGAGGAGGAGGAACAGAUUCAGUGGGAAGCUCACAACAAAAAGACAGCAGGUUCUCUGGAAGUCUGCUCAGCUGGCUGGAAGAGCGACAGUCGGACAGCAAGGCGGCCGUCGAAGCUAAGAAGGCUCAGUGGAAGAAAGAACUCGAUGAGCAGGUGGCCCUAAAGCAGCAGCAGCGUUCGGCUCCCGGCAGGCUGCAGGCUGAGGAGGACACACAGAGCGUGUUAUCAGUGCAGAGCUGCGUCAGCCACAGAGAGCAGCCUCCAGCCAUCAGGUCCAGCCUCAGACUCGGGGAGGUCACUCCGAUGGGGGAGGAGGUGCUGAGUGUGCAGAGGAGAGAAGAGCAGAGGAGGCGCUGGCUGGAGGAGCUGGACCAUCAGAGAGAGGAGAUGACUGAACGCAGGAGACGAGAGAAGCUGCUGCAGAAUCAGACGGAGGACCACGAGCUCUGGGCCGCACAUUUUGACUCGCUGCAGAGGAGGCCUCCCGUCCGGCCCGCCGCUCCGUCGGCGGCUCAGUUCAGCAGCUCUGAGCGGGGAGACUGGGAGCCCUCGUCCAGCCUGUCGCUGGUCUGGGACGCCACGAGCAGCUGCGGAGCGGAGAGUGUCGCGGGAGCCAGUGUGGAGACGGGCCGUGGAUACCCGACCAGAACCAACUUUCUGAGGACCAUGACCUCACUGCUGGACCCUGCCCAGAUAGAGGAGAGAGAGCGGAGGAGGCUCAAACAGCUUGAACAGCAGCGAGCUAUCGAAGCCCAAGUGGAGGAGCGUCGUCGGCAAAGGGAACAAGAAGAGGCGAAGAUUAGGCGGGAGGAGGAGGAGGAAGAGAGGAGGGUGGUGCUGGAGAGGGAGAUGCUGCAGAGACAGUAUGAGAUGGACACACUGAAGGAGAAGGAGCGAUCAGCUGAUCAGGCAGAGCGGCUAAAAAAAAGCAGCGAUGACGGCAGACAGCAGGGGGCGCUGGAGCCCAAAGCAGGUACCUCACAGGCUGAAGGUUUGGAGGACGUCGGCACUUCGGUUUCUUCUUACAGAGACACGGCUGUACAGACAGGUGACACAUCUGAAGCUUCUCCAGAUGCAGCUCCGUGUCUCCUGCUCAGAGCUCAGACUCCAGAUGCCUCCAUGCAAUUCCAGCCGCCUCCGCAUGCUGCUCCUCCUCCGAGCAUCAGGAGCCGAGCGCUGAGAACGGGGAAGGAGAAUAUCUGUCUGCCGGCAGGAGGAGACCCAUACGAGGCGUUUGCCAGGACGGAGAAGAGCCGGAGGGAGAAGAGGAGGCCCGAGUGGAACACGCAGCGGCCGAGCCGUCGCUUCGUUCCGGCCUCGGAGCGUUACCCGGCUGCUCUGCAGAGGAACCGGCAGGAGAGCCGACUGAGGAGGCAAGCUGAGCUCCUCGCUCUGCAGGAGAGGACCUGUCUGCCCAGGACCGACCCUCCUCCUCCUCCCCAGGAGCUCCGUCUGUGCCCCAACACCACGCAGACCAGAACCAGCCCCCCCAGGAAGGUGGAAAGCAGCUCCAGAGGACACGGCGACUCCACCGGCUUCAACAACGAAAGGGGGCGCUCUCCUCCCGUCCCUGCAGUCAGACACGGCGCGCAGAGUCGGCACGCCUCCAGCCCUCCUCCUCUCGUCUCGGGGUUCGUUCCUUACAUCCGGACCGAUGAAGUCUUCCACCUGAACCCGCUGGAGCCCGUGGACUCCCCUCCUCCCGUCACACACUCAGGAGCGCCUCCUCAGAGGCCGGUGUCUCCUCCUUCACAUCGAGACCCUCUCCUCCACCCGGAGCUGCUUCGUAACACGCGCGCACACCGACAGCAGGAGAUCCUCAGAGGCCUGGCCCAGCUGCGCCAGGGUUUGUUGCUGAAGCAGAGGGAGCUCGAGACGGAUCUGAAUCCUUUCCUGAAGCGCCAUGACAACGAGCACCGGAUGCCCUCGACAUCGCACCGCAUGUGACCUCCGACCCCUGCCAACUAAACUUCAGUGCUACGGUGAUCAUUGUGAGACUGCAGAGUCCCUCAGACUCUCUGACCUCCCAUGACCUCAGGAGGAAACAGUCCAAAUGUCACCAAUCAGCCUCGGCGUCUCACCUGCACCAGGAGA